ACCGAAAACCCCUCGUUUCUCAUAUCCACCCUCCAAAACCUCACAAACCCUCCUCACCGGUCGAGUCCGAAACGUAAACACGGCCCAAAGCCAAACAAGAUCUGAUACCGACCUAGGCCGCCAGCGCCACCCAGGAUCGAAAGCGGCCACCCUCCAAACCUGCCCCAUCCCGGCUGGAUGCGAGAUUUACGAUCGUCUCCUGUCUCUCCUCUCCAGUACUCCCACGACCUGCUUCGAUCUCGGGACGAUCGGGGCGGCCAGAUCGCCGGAACGCGAAGUUUCUUGAGCAAGGGGGUGAAUUAUGAUCUCUUACGUUUGAGUGAGAUUGAAGAGGCUGUCGAGGAGGGUCUUAAGACGUCCAUUGCUCCGCCGAGGUUUGAUUAGAGACGUGACUGGAGAGGAAAUUAAGAUGGCGGUGACCAGGAGGUGAUGCAAGUGACAGACAAAGCCGUUUCCACUGAUGACGAUCUCAAGCAGGGGGAGGGGGCAGCCCCUGUCGCACCUGUGCUAUCCCCUCGCUUCGACGUCACCAACUUGGAAGCAGUUCUGGCAACCCUACUGGAGAACAAGGUGGAAGCGAUCAAACAUGAACGGAAGCAGUCCAGUGUCGGCUCCAGUCCGAAGAGCAUAGUACAUCGUUUGAGAAUCACUUCCACCUCAACAACCUCAUCGGGGAAGGGUGGGAACGAUGUCGAUUCGGAAACAAAGAAACGACCACCCAGGCCGAUGCCAGUUGCAAGUGGAAUAUCAAUCCGCAGAUGGCAGCAGAUGCAACCUACCGAUUCUUGUGAUACUCACUCCAGCAACUGCGGACCACAUAGUCAAGAAAUAUCAAUUUCUUCAAUUGACAGUCACCGUUUAAUUCGUCCCCAUAAAUCAAGCCUUAAGAGUCCUCCUGUGAUGAGCAGACAGAGCUCACGUGAGACAGAUGACCGCAGCCUUCCAUCCUUCAGUAGACAGGAAUCCCGAGAGUCACAUCCUUCUUUCUGUCGUCAGGAUUCUAGAGAUUCCUAUAGGUACGGCUUCAACAGGCAGGACUCGAAAGAUUCCAGGGAAUCGACCUCUCGAAUAUUCAUAAGGCAAGACUCGAGAGAUUCUAGAGAAUCAACAACGAGAUUCCUCAGGCAGGAUUCCAAAGAUUCGAGAGAUUCUUAUAGGUGUUGCGAUGUGGAAAUAUGCAAGUGUAGGACCUGCCAUCUUCAACAGAGGAACCACUCGGUGACCAGAACUUGUUGUUGCGAAAGAGGAGAAAUGAGAGUUCAACGUUCUUUCGACGAAGAUUACAUAUCUCUCAAAAUAGAUGAAGAAUGCGUGUCUGACGAAGAAGAACGAAGAGCAAGACGAAAAAGACGACGCAAAAGAAGAAGACGUCUUCGCAGGCAACUUGCUCUAGAAGCGAUGAGAGGAGCAGCUUCAUUACCUCCUAGACCUCCCGCUGAUGAUAAAGUGAAGGUUCUAGAUAAUGAUGAUUUGCCUCCAAAGGCAAGAUGGACAAUUGUUGCAACUGCCAGUGUGCUCCUGUUUUUGUGCCUCUUCCUCGUUGGUGUAACCCUUCGCAUGGCGCCUCUCAUUGAUGAUAUUGUGCGUAUGGAAAACGAACAGCUGAUAAACUCUUACAGCAAGGAUGCAGCUAAGAUGAAUUUGACACUUGGUAGACCGCCCGUACAAGUUAUAGACAUCACGUGAAAAAUACACUCCUUGAUGUCUGACGGAUCUCUAUAGUGACCUUAGUUUCAUUUCGAUUCGAAAAAAAAACAGGAUAACAUAGGCUGUGUGUGUUUUAAUGUCAAUAAGGUAAGGUUACUCAGUGCCAAACACGGAGAUUGUUGUUGAUGGUGAAUUUAGAUUAUGAUUUUUCAUACAAUCACAGGAAAAAUGAAAAUGGAAAAUAUAUAAUUUUAUAGGGUGCGGCACAAAACUAGCUGAGUUUGGGAACUCAGAAUCUGAAAUGACAGGAUUUUCAAGAUAUACAGUAGAAAAUUCAACUAUGUAUUUCAUAGUAUUAAUUUUUUUUCGGUUGAAUUAACAUGAGACAAAAUUUUAAAACAUGAUACUCUAUCAUAAAACAUCAACCAUACAAAAUUUAUAAUUUUUUUUUGUGACUCAUGUAUAAAUUGAACUUUUUCUCCCUAAUUCAUAAAUCGAAUUAAACAUGUCAUAUCCGGCAUGGAAAAUCCUUCAAUUUUUUUUUUGGAUUAUACCAAGGUUUUAUUUCUUCAUAAGAAAGUAUGUUCUUUUCAUUUAGUAGUUCUCUCCAUUUUUCCUUGUCAUUAUUUGAUAUCCUGAACUAGUUUUCAAUAUUACGUCUGCGUUUUUAGUAUUUUUGUUUUGUAAUCUUUGAUUUUUUCAAUUUUCACCAUUAUCUGGAAUGAAUAGAUAUAGUUCGUAUUUGAAAUUCCCUUCAUUCCCAUGGAAAAAACACAGUUUCUUGCUUUUAUUGGUUAUAAGGUUUUUUGCUUUUCAUUUAUGUUUAUUCUCUGCCUGUUUAUAAUAUGUGCUAACUUUAUAAUAAUAAUAUGCGCUUAACUUUAUUAAUUUUUUGAAGUAGGAAUAUGUAAGGAUGCAUGAAAUUUUGAUUUGGCUUUUUCUUUUUUUUUAGUUUCCUUAGUACCAACUCGAUGGUCGUUUUUGUAUUUCGAGUUGAUUGUGGAGUAAUAUGUAGAUUAUUAAUUAACUUCUUAAAGUUUUUUUUUUCAUAAUCUGCUCGAUUGGCAGCAGGUAUUAUAUCUAUUUGUUGUUCAUACAGAUGAAAAGGCGAUUUACUUUGUAUAUUGUUAAUUCACUUGCAGCAUUUUGAUUUUCAUAACUUUUCCGCUUGUGGUGCUAUAUUCGACUAAUAAAAUAAUUUACCAUUUGCACUUCUGCAAAUACUGUGAAUUAAUGCAUACGCAUAUAAUCAAUAGAAUUUUUCAUUUUGAAAUCCAUAAAUGAAUUUGAUUCUAAAUCGAAAUAUUAUUCUGAAAAAUCCUGCAUAUCUUCGAAUAUAAUUGUGCCGCACCUUGUAUUGAGUUUGAAUGAACAAUGACUUGUUUUCGUGUAUACUAAUUUUUUUGGGUACGAGUAACCUAGAAUCCAAGUCUUUCUCAAGUGUUAUAGAUAACGUAACCUGAAUUAUCUGUCUCAAAUAUACCCCUCCAAUUCUCUAGGAUUUUUACCAAAAAUCUACUCAAUGAGCGGCCAUUUUAUGGUCUUUCUAAUCAUAUCAUUUCUGUCAAUUAUUGUGUACUCUAUCUGGCAAUACAUAUAAACAUUUGAUUCUAUCAUAUUUAUACUUGUAACACUCGUCCAGUCCUAGUAGAAUGUGAUCUUCGUCCCUCACCUAGUAUUAGUAUCAAUGAGUAUCGUAUCUCAUUGAAUUAAGAACUUAUAUAAAUGAAAAACUCAAAUUUCUCGUCUUUUUACUCUACAUAACAUAGGUAUAUACAAACAUUGGUUUUCCAUCUCUCAGGACAUUCGAAACAUUUUGAGGCUUGUAUACUUUAUGGAGGAAAACAAAAUUUAAAAUUUAAGAUUUUUACAGUCGAUUUGUUGAUGUUUUGCAAAUUACAUUCUCUGAUAGAAAAUCCAUGUUUUCCUUCGAAUAGAAAAAUGUGUAGGAGAAAUUGUUUAACUAAAUGUUGGAUCUCUUCUUGUGACUGACAAAAUAUAUUAUAUAAUCAGCCUUUAAUCAGCAUGAUAUUCAAUACCGAGUACAUAAUAAAUAUAACUUCAAUUGCAAAACUCACAGUGAUAAAAAUUCGAUUAUUUCGAAUUUUAUUAUAUAUAACUACCAUUGACUGAAAUUAACAGACAAAAGGAAAUACAGGGUGAUUUCAAAUUGUGAUGAACACAACUAUUUGACAAUUUCCUGACAAAAUAUCUUGAACACUUUAUGAAUUCAUUAGAUUCUCGUAGAUUAACGAAUAUAGUUGUGAGAUUGAACAGAGUAGAAAUGUUAUAGAAACGUUGUGACCUUCAUUAGAAUAUAGCAGAAAACAUGGAGUUUUUAAUUAGAAAUUCACUCACUUAUUCUAUAGUUUACUGUAAUUGUUAUUUAGAUAUCAUUAGAAUUGUUACUCAAUUAUUUUGGGAUUUUGGAAAGGGCAAGUUAGAAACAUUUUCUGGCCAUACAUACUGCAACUAUUAAUCUCAGUUUCAAACGUAUCAAUCAAACGAUUGAAUUUUCAAAAGUAGAAGUAUCAACCUUGCAAAAGCAAUAACAAUCUUGUUGUCGUGAUCAAUAGUUAUUAUUUUGAAUUAUGUUGAUUGUAAGUUUCACAAAACUUUUAUGAACCAAUUACCUCGUUGAUUUUAUAUUGGUUUCUGUAGUGGAUUCAAAAUCGAACUGAUAUUGGAAACAAAAAUUAUUGACCGUUACAUCAACCAAAAUAGAAAUUUUGUGAAACUCACUAAGCGUAAAGCAAAAUGAGUACUCUCAUAUUCUUUUUAUGAUUUACUGGUGAUUCAACUGAACUGAAUAAUCCUUUGUUUCUCAAUAUUCUUGAUGAUAAUUUGGUUUAAGGGUUGAAAUAAAUAUAGAAUACUAUUAACUUCAGAAUACAGUAAGACGAUUAUAUCGAACAAAGGACAAUCGUUCAAAACUGAAAUAUAAUGAAACUCAAAAUAUUACAUGCUAGAAAAUAAGAAUCAUGUUGUAAUAUAUUGUUGUUAUAACUUUGAUGUUCGUUAAAUUAUACAGGUGUUUAUUACUGUUUGUAGUUUUAAGUGGUCAAUAAAUUUGUGGAAAAACUA